GUCCGUCUCCUGCUCUCCGGCAGUCCGGCGGCAAACAGUUCCCGACCGAGUCAACUCGCUAGAUCCAUCACUUUGUCUCCGCUCUUAUUUUCUUCCUUUACCUUCUGGUUUCUCUGUCCUUCGUCCAAAGCCCUAGAACCCGCCAAUAGUUUCUGUGUAGAUUGGAUCUUCUUGUGGAGUUUCCAUGGCUGGGGUUUUACAGAAGUUCUUGAUUGCAUCUAUUUUCAUGUGGGUUCUGCCCGUUGGGAUACUAUAUGGAUUCAACAACGACUUGUUUCCGGGUGUGACGACAUUGUCUCCACAUUCGUUAACACUCCUGAGCGGAUUUCUCGCAGUGGUAUCAGUAAAUAUAGUGAUUGUGUUCUACAUCUGUAUGGCCAUGAAGGAACCCGUGGAUAAGCACAAGCCAGACGCCGCGUUUCUUGCGGAGGCAAAAGAUAGCGUGAACAAAUUGACAUCGGGAACCACCAGUACCGACCCUGCGCUCAAGAAACAAGAAUGACAGCCGCCCAGUUCGUUUUCAAGAUCCGAACAUCGCCGGAGAAUCCAAAGGAACGAGAUUUUUGUCAGAACGAGGAACGCUUAUGGUGCAUUCAGUCUCGAGUUCGGCCUCUGGCUUUGUAUUUGUUUUCGGUAUCUUGGGUGUGCUUGAUGAACAGAGACAGAGCUUAAGAUCUGUGUCAAGUCAGUUUCAUAAUCGUUAUGGAAUUACAUUCAUCUUAUGACUACAACUCCUUUUUUUUUUUCC